AUGACGCCAAGGACGCGUGUCAGCCCUUCCAGCUCCAUCGUCAAGGGAGUCCGGGAUCACGAGCCAGAGCGGGAAAGGUUGCUGCAAGAGAUCCAGGUCUAUCGCGAAGCGCAGUUGCAGCUUCUGGAUUUGGAAAGAGCGACUACGCAGCGCACUUUGCGAGAUCGACGAUCAUGGACGAUCGGACGACUGUGCGAAACUGGUCAAGCAAUGGAUGGUCUGACCGCUUAUUGGAGAGCCAGCAAGAGGUACGGUCAGCGCGUAGCUGUGUUCGCCCGUCCAGCCAGAGCACCGCUGGGUUGGAGCAGAUUCUCACAAGGAGACCUAUGCGAGCUCUUUCCAUCCGCCGAAGACCCAAAGGCCUUUCAUCCUCUCAAGGCCGAGUACAAGAAGGAGAGCUUAGAGGGAGCUCAAGAGAAGAAGCAGAAGCCCAAGAUCCAUACCGCUACCGUUUUGAGCGUCGCUCCGGAUCGUAUCACUUUGCUCUUUGACAAUCUCAACUCAUCGGUGGAUCUCGAGGGCUGCGCAUCCUGGACCUUGAUGCAAGGCGAGAACCUGUUGGUAUACAAGCGCACCGCCAAAGCUUUGGACGUCAUGUCAAACGAUCUGGAGAAUCAGUACAAAGCGCCGAGGAAGCGGGCAGAUGACUCGUACGCUGAGUACAUACUCAGCGGGACAUCCGUGGCCGAUGCGCUGCUGGGUUUAGCGCCAGCGGAAGGUGCGAGCGCUUUCGCUGGUGAUCAGCGAUUAGCAAGCUGGGUGAGAAGGAGGCUUCGGCCAGGUCCGAUACUGCAAAUGGAAGGUGAUCCCGGAUUGGGUCUCAAUGAAAGUCAAGAGAGGGCGGUCGCCACCAUGCUGGGAAACAGGCUCAGUCUGGUGCAGGGUCCCCCCGGUACCGGAAAGACCCGGACGAUCGUCGCAGCAAUUCAAUUGCUAAAGCAGCACUUCGAAGUCCCUCAGCCCAUCUUGUUGUGCGCGCACACCAACGUCGCUGUGGACAAUCUAGCAGCGGGCGCACUACAAGCUGGUCUCAAAGUGAUCAGAGCUGGAUCUUCGGCCCGCACCAGAUCGGACCUGAACGGCACGACACUGGAUGAUGCGAUCGAUAAGCAUCCCGAGAAGCCUCGGCUUGAUCAGAUCAGAGCGGAUGUCGGGAGAGUGCGGCAGGCGAUCUCGGAGGCAGAAGCGGCGUCUCAAGGCGGCCUAAGCUCCAACUUCCAAAUGUGGAAGAGCCUACAAUUUGGCAACUCUGCCUCAUCGACAUCGAAAGGGGAAGAUGUUUCUGCUCUCAAGGCACGCAUCAUGAAGCUGCGAGGACAAAUGUACAAUUUGGAACAGCAGAUGAUCACGGAAGCCUUGAGAGAGGCAGAUGUGGUGUGUUGCACCGCCGUCGCUUCAUGCUCCAACCGCCUCACUCCUAUCGACUUUCCGGUCGUAUUUUUCGACGAAGGGAGCAUGGCUACUGAAGCUACCAGCCUGAUUCCUCUGAUGAAGGGCUGCAGGCAUCUGGCGCUCAUUGGUGACCACAAGCAGCUCCCACCAGUCGUCACAAAUUUUGAGGCCAGGCAGAAAGGAGCGUCUCUGAGUUUGUUCGAAAGGCUGAUCAAUAGAGGAGAUGUCCCUAGCACCAUGCUCGGUGUGCAGCAUCGGAUGCACCCAGACAUUGCAGCUUUCCCCAAUCGAGCAUUCUAUCAAGGAGCGCUGGAAGAUGGCGAAGAUGUACAUGUUCUCGAACCUCUUCAGUCCGAGUACCUACCACAGGUCGAGUCAUCUGAACAUGGUCAGACUCACUCUAACCUUUCGGCAAGAGUAUCGUUCAUUAGUCACGAGCACAAAGAGGAGGCGCUCGAUAAGUCGACGAUCAAUAUCAAGGAGGCGCAAAUAGUUGCUCGGGUGCUGGCCGACUUGUUGAUUCGCAACCCUUCAUUGCGGGGAGAAGAUAUUGGCAUCGUUGCUCCUUAUGCGGCUCAAGUGCGCCACUUUCAACAGAUGCUAAAGCAAUGGACCUCCUCUUCUAGCGCAAGGAGCGCGCGGGACUUUCUGCAAGAUCUGUUCGGCGAAAAGCACAGAGCUAGGGCGUCGCAACUGUCCAAGGUCGAAGCGCACACUGUGGACGGGUUCGAGGGCAGGGAAAAGGAAGCCAUCAUCUUCUCGUCUACACGUGCUGGCGAAGAAGGCUUUGUAGGAUUCUUAGCAGACUCGAGACGUCUUUGCGUCGCUUUGACAAGGGCGAAGAGAGCACUUUUCGUUGUGGGAAACAUCGAGACUUGGCGCAAUGCCAGAUUGAGCGAGAGGGGGGCUUCGAGCGUGGAGAGUGCGGAUGUCAAGGUGCUGCACUCGUAUGCCGAGUGGAUCGAGGAUUGCGGGAUGCUAGUGCAUGCUCAGGCCGAAGAAGAGCUGGCGCAAAACCAGGAACAGCAGAAUGCCCCAUCAGAGUGA